UGCUAUUGGUCAGCGAAGGAUGCGAUAGCGUCCAAUCAGAGUAGCCCAAGUCACACCGAAGUCACGGACGGAAAAGAUGGCGGCGAAAAACGGCAAGAAUGGUAUACUCGAAAAAUGGAGGAUCGACGAGAAGCCGAUCAAGAUCGACAAAUGGGAUGGAGCCGCUGUGAAGAAUUCACUCGACGAUGCUGCCAAGAAGGUUCUCCUGGAAAAGUAUGGCUAUGUGGAGAACUUCAGCCUCGUAGAUGGACGCCUCUUUAUCUGCACGGUUUCUUGCCUCUUUGCUAUCGUAGCAUUGGUGUGGGAUUACCUUCACCCCUUCCCUGAAUCCAAACCGGUUCUGGCAUGCUGUGUAAUCUCUUACUUCAUUAUGAUGGGGAUCCUUACCUUGUAUACCUCUUAUAAAGAAAAAAGCAUCUUCCUCAUGGCUGUGCAGAAAGACCCUACUGGCAUGGAUCCUGACAAUGUGUGGCAGCUGACAUCAAGCCUGAAAAGGUUUGAUGACAAGUACACCCUGAGAGUCACCUUCAUCAAUGGGAAGUCCAAACGGAAUCGUGAAAUGGAGUUCACAGAGUCUGUGAGCCGCUUCUUUGACGAAAACGGAACGCUGGUCAUGGACCAGUUUGAAAAAAAUGUCUCCAAGCUCCAUGACACCUUAGGAGUGGAGAAAAAAACCAAGUAAAGAAUCUGAGAAGCAAAACGUGCCGGUGUGGCUCCACCGCUGUUGGAGGGCACUGUUGUGUCAUGUGGCAUUUGCUACAUGCAUCUCUGGUCUGUUCUUUAAGUAAAUCUCUCACUGUGCUGCAGACACCAGUGCAUUUGUAUUUUUUUUCUCGGUCGGAUCAGAAGCGACUAAAAGCAUGUAGAAUGUAAAGCUUUUGCUAUUUUGUUAAGUCUGCUGUGCCACUAGGAAGGGAUUAACAUGUUAGUAUUAAUGCCCUCCAAGGUUUCAUAUGCAGGCGUGUUACAAAUUGUGUAGAUGCUUGCAUGUUGGAUAGUGUGUAUUUAGUUUCAUUUAUAGCUGUUGAAAGGAACUCAAUUAUUGUCAUGGAAUUUGUACAUUUCAGACAGUAUAAUGUGCUUUUAGUCCUGAGGGCCUUGGCCUACUGAAGCAGUUAGUCUUACUUGUUGAUUUAUUUGGACUUUCAUUUUUAUACUCAAGGCACAAAGAAGUCUAAAUAAAAGAAGAAAUAUUUUGAUAUUUCUUAAAA